AUGGCCCCCUCCCGCACCCAAACGCAACACAGGAACCUCUCCGAAGAAUUCGCCCACUCGACCCAGUCGCAAAGACGCGCCAAAAUCACGGAUGCGAAGGAUAUCUUCAAGCAGCCGGAUCAGGAGGAGCAGUUGAGGCUGGGGAGGGAGUAUAGGAAUCUGCAGACGGCGGCUGAUGAGAUGAAAGGCAACCUGGCGAACGCCACUGCCCGAGACUUAGCUCAAGCACUCGCCAAACAAUCACAACUCUUCGCCAGCGUGCGCGAUACGGGCAUCGGAACCCUCGACGCCAACCUAAUACGGACCAACGCCGAAAACGCCAUGGGCCUCGCAAAGCGAUUUAAAAUCGACGGCGUUACGUUUGAUAUCGACGAGUUUCUUAUCAAGAUUAAAGGCCAGUUGGGACUGGACCGCGCGGAGAUGAUGGACCAAGAUGCCGAAGAGUCGGAUCUGGAAGAUGAUGGGCCUACGCAAGAACAAGGCCGAGGCCGAGGAAGGGCGCAGCAGGCUAGAGCUGGGACGUUGGGGGAUUGGGAGAAGCUUGGGUGGAUGGCGGCUAGGUAUGGGCGUCGGAUGCCGGGGGUUGAGUUCAUGUACGGACCGCUGCAAGUCGAAUACAAGAAACGAAUGCCCAACACCCAACGUCCAAAACAGGCCAUGGUAGAAGAGACCCAAGCCACAGUCGUCGAACAGAACGCAGAGGCUUCCAAAAAGACGACAGACGACUUCACCAACAACAUCAAAACCGUCUACAAAAUCCUCGGAAACCACGCUCCCGACGGCGAAAGCAUGAACUUUUUCCGCCUCGUCGUCAACCCCACCUCUUUCGGCCAAACUGUCGAAAACUGCUUCUUCCUCUCCUUUCUGAUCAAAGACGGCAAGGCGGGGGUGUAUGUGGAGGAGGAUGGGGAGAUCAGGGUGGCUGUUGGGGAACCGCAUAAUACGGCGGAUGAUGGAGAUGUGCAGAGUAAUCAGGCGGUUAUGGAGAUGGAUAAAGAGACUUGGGAGUUGGCGAUCAGGACGUUUGGGAUCAAAGAAUCUGCUAUCCCGACAAGAGAUUAUCAACAGAUCAAAAUCCAAUCUGACGGGUGGUACAGCUAG